AUUACUGCUCACUCCACCCACAAAAUUCCGCACACAAUCUAAAGUUCACAAGGACUCUAGAUUAACACUCAUUUUCUCAUUUUCAAAAGAAACGAAAAAGAUUUUAAACUUGUAACAAAGUCUAUUCACCCCCACUCUAGACUUUGUAUUUCACCACUUUGGGACCACCAAUUGGUAUCGGAGCAGUCUUCUCACUAUCUACAUUUAGAUUAACGAGAAGCGAUCAAAAUGGUGAACAAUAUGGAUCAUGGUUUGCCCAAGUUUUCUCUUCUAGGUUAUGAUGAUUGGAAGAUCAUGAUGGAAGCACACCUUUACGCUCUACAUGAUUGCAUGUGGAUGGUGCUUGAGGAUGGACCCUUGAAAAUCCAAAUGGAGAAUCCUGAGAGGAAUCCAGCAACUCCAGACGUAGUCCAGUACAUUCCAAAGCCCAAGGAAAAAUGGGAUGAUAGAGAUUGCAAAAAGCACAAUCUGGAUAACGUCGCCAAAGCAGCCAUCUUCAAGACACUUGACCCCAUCACCUUCUCCAAAAUUAAGCACCUCAAGACUGCCAUGGAGAUAUGGCAAGGUCUUGGGAAUCUAUGUGAGGGUUCAGAGGACUUGAGAAAACAGAAGAUAGAAGUCCUGCUUGAGAAGUUCAAAAGCUUCAAAAUGCUUCCCGGAGAAUCAUUUGAUAUGCUAGAUGAAAGAUUCCACAAAAUCUUGAAUGAUCUUGCAUCACUUAACCACGUUCUUUCUCCCAAAGAAAAGAAUGUAAGGUUGCUGAGAUCUCUUCCAACUGAGUGGUACACCAAAGCCACAGCCAUGGAAGAAGGAAGAAAUCUGGAAAACUACAUUGUUCAAGGUCUUCUUGAUGAGCUCAGAACCUAUGAGCACGAGCUGAAGAAGAAGAAGGAAGAACAAGUCAUUCCCUUCCCCACGGCACUGAUGACAACUCCAAGAGUCCCAUCAAGUGAAGGGACAUGCCCAAGGAACUGUGACACACCCUCCUCCAGCCAGCCGUCAAGUUCAAAAAUGGAGAACUACGAUGAGAAAUUUGCCAUGAUGGUCAAGCAAUUCCGGAAGUUCAAAAAGUUCUUCAAGAAGGCUGACUCAGUCAGAAGGCCAUCCAAGGGAAAGCCACAGUCAGCGUGCCCGUACCCAAAAGUGGAGAAGUACGGAGAAAGAGAAAGGAACGAGAAGAAAAAGAAGGCAAUGGUUGUUGCUGAAAGUGACGAGUCAUCCAGCUCAAGCUCGGAUGAAGAAGCUCUCGUGUUCAUGGAGCGCAGAGCUGAAAAGUCCAACCAUGAGGAUAGGUGGACCAUGUCAGAAGAUGACACUCUCUGCCUAAUGGCCAAAGAUGAUGCUGAUCAAGAG